GCUGCACAUUGGGGAGAUGUUCUAUUUAUUACGUCACGAGUGAAGUUGCGAGGUAUAAGAAUCAGAUCUUUGACAGCGAUAGUGAAGAACGUGCAGUCUCGCACAAGAAGCCGCGACUUUACUACUAGCAUCUUAAGCAUCGAGUACAAUGGGCUCUAUCAUUCCUUUUCUCACCGAGGGCCAACUACGGUUUUUCCUCCUAUCUAAUCGAGUAAUCCAGUGGCUAAGUUCCGUCAUUGUCCUUGGAAUCACAUCCUACUUCAUCCACAGAGGCCCUCGCGGGCUAACAAUUGUUUACCUAGAGAUUGUGGCUGUGGUCUCCGUGGUGGUGUUCUUGCCCGCUUUUGUGUCCCCAUUCCUGAGCACACCAGUGAAGGACUUUGUCCUUUUCGUUGAUGUGAUCUUCUCAUAUCUAUGGCUCACAGGGUUCAUCUUUGCUGCUGUUGAUUACAACCAGAACAACUGCCAUGCCAAUGCACCGCCGGGUGUUAGAUGCUCGGUGAAGUGGGCUAACGAAGCCUUCAUCUUUUUAACCUUCAUUUUUACCUUUUUUGCUCUGUUUCUGGAGACACUUGCACUUUGGUUGUCCCGCCGGAGUCAAAAUGCCCCAUCCCCACAGAAUGAGAAACAUGAUCCAAGGGCUUCCGUACACAGCGAUGCCAGACUGCCGGGUGAUAACAACAUGCAAGAACCCACCGCCACGCCUGCUCAGGUCGUUUGAGGUUUGAAUUCUGCUUAGUUUCAAAUACUAUCAAACGGAGCACCACAGGAAAUGUCAGGGUCCUAUACGUAUAUUGAAC